GCUAUAAUCUUGUUUAGCAAAGCCGGUGGUUUAGUGAAUGUCAAACUUUGUAAUUAAAAUUCGUAAAAUUCCGUCGUUAGAUAUUACAUAGAUUUGCGGGGAUGACAAAAAAUUGUCUCGAGUUUAUUUGAGAACGUUUUAUGUAAAUCGUUCCUUCGUCGUUUCGAGAAAAUUUUAAAAACCUAAUCGAUAAUGUGAUUGAGAUUUUUGCCUUGCAGCUAACAUUUUAAACUGAGAAACUAACAAUGAAGCAGCGAAGACGAUGGAUGCGAAUGCAGUACGUCUUCUUUGGGGUCGUCGCUCUUGGAAUCGCCUUCAUCCUCUGGCAGUUUGUGGGCGCUCACUACAUUGCCCAGCAAGAAGUGCUUAGCCACGCAAAGAUCGUCUAUCAGAACACACUCCAAGAAGAAGCUCUGCAAAAUUUUGCCAUUCAAAAGAAAAUUAACCUGCUGCGUGGAUCUCGAGUUCAAGACAUUAUGCACUACAGACCUGACAAAGACGGCAAAUUCAAAUGCAUCGAGUCUGGCUUGCUCAUUGAUUUCAUAAAAGUAAAUGACGACUAUUGCGACUGUCCGAGAGACGGAAGUGACGAGCCGGGAACCAGCGCGUGCAGUGAAAAUGGCAGAUUUUUUUGCACGUUCAACCAAAGAGCGUCCAAACCUGAUGUAUGGGUGCCUUCGGGUCGAGUUAACGAUGGAAUAUGUGAUUGCUGUGAUGGUUCUGACGAAUGGCAAAACAAAACUGUUUUGCCCCGACUGAAAUUAUCAGAAAGUGACCAGCAGAAGUUUCAUGUAUAUCAAACACCGUGCGCCUUCAGGUGUUUCUAGUUAUCACACCAAUUUUUUCUUUUAUAUUGUGAGAUUCAAAUUUUAAUAAAUCUAAAUCCCACCAAUCCACUACAAUUAAAAAAUCUGCAGUUCUUAUUUG